CGUCGGAAUGUACCCAUCCCGGAUGCCGGUCCUUCAACAAGGACAACAAGUAUUCCGUACCCAGUGCGCCCAAUGCCAUCUUUCUCCUCUGGAUACAAACACCAAUUACGUCAAGACUAAACCGGUUAUCUACACUCCUCUAUCAUUAUUAUCAAUCAAUUGUGCUGCCUGCGGUGUCUGGGAAUAUUCGAAAGUCCUUGUCUGUUAUCUGUAUUCCAUCUCAGUCGCCCAGAUGCGGUAAACGGGCGCCCAUACCGUGUUUCGCACCUCCACCUUCAUCCACCUCCCAACCUCGUAUUUCAGCACAAGUUGCGACGCAGGCAGUUGAUUGCUGUACUAGCGUGUGCUAUCUUCCUCAACCGGCAUGAUGGACCCUGAAGAAGUAUUUGCUGAAGAGGCACAAGAGGAGGCAGGUCUGUCGGAUAAUAGCGCCCCUGGUCCCGCCGUCGAGACACAAUUCCACGUCGGGGAUGGGGACGACGAGAGCACCGAAGGAGACGACGAGAAUAGCCCUUUGGUGAGCCCGCGUCGACGCCGUAAUGCCUCUCGAAAGACACCAUAUUCUCGCGCACGAACAAGCUAUGAACGUGCCAUCAAUGAGCCAUGGAACGGCGCACAUGGCUCUCAUGCGCUCCCAUGGUACAAGAAACCGUCAAUAUUCUGGCUUCUUCCAGCUUUCUUCCCUUUCUGUAUCGCCUUUGGUGGGAUCAUCGUCCCAAAGACAUAUCUGGUCUUGGAUCUGAUAUGUCAAGACUACCUCUCCGAUCAAGCUCGCAGGGAUCCGACGUUUCACUUCCUUCCCGUGGUUCUAGGUGACGAAAAUCCUCAAUGCCGGGAUCCAAAGGUUCAAUCUCGUGUUGCGACCUUCAACCUCGAGGCCAGUCUCCUCGCUGGCGUUUUCUCUGCCAUAAUUUCGCCUCACUUAGGCUCACUAUCGGAUCGGUAUGGCCGCAAAGGCAUCAUUGUGUUUGCAUCAUUAGGUGCUUUCAUGGCCGAAAUCAUCACCAUCAUCGUCGGUAGCAACCCUGGCAGCGUUUCCGUUUACUGGAUGUUGGUCGGCUUCCUUCUCGACGGUCUCUCCGGAUCCUUUACCACAGCCAUGGCCCUCUCAUUUGCGUACGCCAGUGAUUGUUCCGCUCCGGAACGCCGGAAUGUCGCUUUUGGGUACUUCCACGGUACAUUAUUCUCCGGUAUCGCUCUGGGCCCAAUUCUGGCAGGCUACUUGAUCAAAGUGACAGGCACGGUGAUGGUAGUCUUCUAUUUCGCCUUAGGCUGUCACGUAUUCUACAUACUUUUCAUCACUCUCUUUGUUCCAGAGUCCCUGUCCAAAGAGCGGCAGAUGCUUGCCAGAGAGAAGCGGCGUGACAAACGCGCAAGUACUCCCAGGAAAGACCUCGUCACAAAGCUUCGCAACUAUAAUCUCUUCAAACCUCUCUGGGUGCUCCGACCCACUGGCGAGGGCACGUCACCCGCCCUGCGCAAGAACCUUUUUGUUCUUGCUGCUAUCGAUACGAUGAUGUUCGGUGUGGCAAUGGGUACGAUGCAGAUUAUCAUCAUAUACGCCGAGUACCGCUUCGGCUGGACGGCUGUGGACUCGUCAAUGUUCCUGUCCGCGGUGAACGUUUGUCGGGUGCUUUGUUUAGUGCUCCUUCUCCCCCUUCUGACCCGAAUCUUCCGCGGCCCUGCUCCCGGCGGCGCCAGCAGUGCAGGCCACAAGGGUGCGGACAUGCUCGACAUCAAUAUUAUUCGCGGUUCGAUACUGUUCGAUUUGAUUGGCUAUUUAGGCUACGCGCUCACGCCGAGUGGCGCUAUCAUGGUGCUCGGUGGCAUGAUCGCUAGUCUUGGUGGGAUUGGGAGUCCGACAUUACAGUCCGCCCUGACAAAGCAUAUUCCUGCUGACCGGACGGGGCAGGUAUUGGGUGCAAGUGGACUGCUGCACGCGCUGGCUCGCGUGGUAGCUCCUACAGUAUUUAACUUGAUCUAUCGCCAAACAGUGGGCGUUUAUGCUGGCAUAGUUUUCCUAUGUCUUGCCAGUAUUUUUGUUGUGGUUUUCAUUCUGAGCUGGCUGCUUAAGCCAAAUGUAUACUUGCAUGACCACACUGCUUUUGAAGCUGAUCAUGAACAAGAUAGCCACGAUGGGUGAAACCCAUGAGCUGAGACAUGGUCUUGGUGUACAGUCAUCGAUUUGAUGUAUUAUAUCAGUACAUGUAUGUAAGAUGGAGGAUUUACUUUUGUUGUUCUGAGAUCUUUAGAUGCAUUUCCUUACCGUAAUUUGAGCGAUCUUGCUAGAUAUAGAUUUCUUUAAUUUCUAUGCUAUUUAGAAAGAUGGAAACGAAAGUUCAAAGCAGCUUAAGGUCCUUUUUAUGGCUCUCCAUCGGCCAAUAUACCUUAGGGCAGCUCAUCUCUUUUGGGGCAAAUAUUUGAC